GUACACCAGCCUCAGAGCACCUUUUUCCAUUGGUUCACCCUCCAAUGGCCGCUGCGGCCAGCGCGCUGCGGCUGGCACACCACGCCGAAUCGAAGCCAGGAGCCAGGUGCUUCUCCUGGUCUCCCAUGCAGGUGAAGGGCCCAAGGACUUGGGCCAUCCUCCUCUGCACUCCUGGGCAACAGCAGAGAGCUGGACUGGAAGAGGAGCAACCGGGACAGAAUCUGGUGCCCUGACCGGGACUAGAACCUGGUGUGCCGGCACCACAGGUGGAGGAUUAGCCUAUUGAGCCACGGCGCCAGCCUCACUUCCAUUUUUAACACCAUUACUGGAGUAUUUGGCAAUAAAGACAUUUGUAUCCCACAUUCAGAGUACCUGGGGUUCAACAUACAGAUCUGGCUCCUAACUCCAGCUUCCUUCUAAUGCAGACUUUGAGAGCAGCAACGGCUUGGGUAGUUGGGUUCUUGCCACCCAUAUGGCAAAGCUGGAUUGAGUUCUUGACUUCUGGUUUGACUGGCCCCAUCUCAGCCAUUGCAGGUAUUUGGGAAAUAAUCCAGUACAUAAGAGCUCUCUCUCAAAUAAUCAUUUCAAAUUUUAAAAAUAUGAAAAUCAUUACGAUAUGCCAAGCCAUGUGCUAGGUACUGGGAAUAAGAUAGAGACCUCUCUUGGAGUUUCCAUAGUAGAAGCUAUGUCAGACAGUGCAUAAUAAAAUAGAUUAUGAAAAGGGCUCUGAAGGAAGUCAGCUGGGUUCUGGUCACAGCAGUAUGCUUUGCGGACAUUAACAUCUUACGUAUCUUCUCUAUGGGCCACACAGGGUAAAACCAUGAAAAAGUGCCAUUGUUACUUCUAGGCUAGCAGCUGUACUGAGCCAGGGUAGAAUGGAGGAAGUUUUCCUAUGCCAAUGUAAACUGCUAUUGAUUUCUGUUCUAAUCAUCACACCCACACUGAAUUGCCCAUGUCUCUACAGAAAUCUUCUAAGAACUGAUUUCAUUGUAGCCCCUACCUAACAGAACUGUCAAAUAUGAAAACAAGGAUACUGAGACUUUAGAGGAAAUGGCCUCGUUCCAUAAUAAAUAAGCAUAAUAGGGCCAGUUAGGGCCCUGAUGGGAGGAAAGACAGCUCUUGGAUUUGAACUUGGAGGAGGAAACUUCAAGCUAGCAACCAGAACCAGAUAACUCUGAAGACCCCCCCCCCAAAAAAAAACCAGCCCUGUUACUUCCUUGGGAAAGUCCGCCUCCCCAGCCCCACCCCACACUAGUGGGCUGCUGGGGUUCUGGAGCCACCUGGGUCUGUGACCCAGUGGCUGUAGAAAAAGGCUGCCCUGGCUCAAAGCAGAAGAGCCCUGGAGGCGGAGCCUAAUAAAGAAUGUGUAAAUAAAGGUCAGGUGUCAUAAAGGGUGGGGCGGGGUGCACAGUUGCUAAGGCAUGCCCUCUAAGGGGCUGCCAUAAUUCAUUAGCUCAUGCUCAGGGCAUGCUGUGUGUGCCCUAGCAGCCUGAGUUACUGUAUCCUGAAAAUUCAUUAGCUCAUGCUCAGGGCAUACUGCGUGUGCCCCAGCAGCCUGAGUCACUGUAUCUUGAAAACCCCGUCAAUGACCCCUUUGUGCUUGUGGGUCCCAUGGCUCCUCUUCAACUGGCAGCCUUUGUGGCUGCCAGUCCAGGCGACUCAGCCUCUGGAGUGGGCCCAGGACCUGGUCCAGCUGACCUCCAGCCUCCCUUGGCUCUCUGAGCCCUGGUCUUCCCACUCCCCGAACUUCCCACCUGAAUCGCCUGACGCACUCACACCCCCGGCAGACCCCGGCGGCUUUGAUUACCUGGGGUCUUCUGCUCUCUCCCAGAUGCUGGCCUCGCCUCGAGAGUCCACAUGUGAGUUUGCUUCCUUUUCUGGACAUGGAUUCAGCUCAAGGGGUGCCCCCAGAGCCAGAACAGCUUGCUUUUCCAAAGCAGUAUUUCAAUAGGCUGACUCGACAACAGAGGCUACCAGAGGCCAUUCCCGUGCUAGACGGGGAUCAGGUUCAGCCCCUGGCUCUGCCUCCUCGACUGGAAGGAAAGAUUCACCAGUCAUUGGAAGCAUUCGUUCUGCCGCUAGACAGUCAGGAUUCACAAGGAAACAAGUUGAUUGUUUCACCCCUGACCCCCAAGAAAGAUCUAGCUCGGCGUCGACGGCUUCCUAAGGUUGGUGUUGGAACUCCAGACAAAGCGGCCAAGCUUCAGGGUCAAAAUCAAGUGUUGCCGGCUGACUAUGGGGUCUAUCCUGGUGGUUUUCCUACGGAAUCCCAGGAGAACCCAGGAGAACCUGCACAGCCCUCUGAGCAGGCUGAACCAUCUCAAUUCCUGCUGGAGGGCCAGACUCAAAAUCCAGAGACUCAGGAGCCCAUCCAAUCCUCCUCCGCACAGCAAGAAGGACAAGCUCCGCCUCCACAGGCCGUUGAACCAGAUGAACCUUCUUCACCCCAGCAAGAGGGCCCAGGUGCAGACCUGCAGCAGCCCGAGGAAGAAGCAUCUCCGUUGCAGCAGGAGGCCCCCACUCAGAAUCCAUUUGCUACUGCAGAAGUAGUAGGUCAGGCAUCAGUGUAUCACAGUCUUAACACUCCAUCCUCACCUCAGAUUGUAGCUCUCCAAGCAAACUUCCCCAGCGUCACACUGAAACCUGCAGACACGGAGCUGACAGAAGCCUCAGGGGCAGGUGAGGAAGUUCAGUCUACUCCAAGCACGGAGCAGGCUCCAGCUCAGCCUCUGGGGCAUCCUGAGGGAGUGGGACUCCCCUCAGCCCAACAAGAGGCCCCAGUGCAGACUCAGGAAUUCCCUGGGAGGGUGGAAUCUUGGACUCAAGAGGGUCUAGCUCAGACCUCAGAUCUCCCUGAGGAGACUGGACCUUUCUCUACCCAAAACGAUGCCACAGCUCAGCCCUCAGAGUAUGCUGAGGAAGUCAGCCCAUCUGUAGGCCAGCAGGGGGCCCCAGCUCAGCCUUCCGGCCUGCCUGUGAACACUGAAUAUUCCUCCAGCAAUCAGGAGCAGCCUGCUCAGCCUUCUGAGUCUCCAGAGAUCGAACCUUCUAGAAGCCAACUGGAAGACCCGGAGAAGCCUUCGGCACUCCCUGUGGAAGUCAAAUCUCCAGUACAGCAAGAUCCCCGAGCUCAAGCGCUAGAAUCUCCUGAAGAGAAUAUCAUAGCUCAGACUCCACAGAUUCAGAAGGGGACGGACUGGUCUCCAGAUCAGAAUCAAGUUCACCGUUAUAACCUGCCCAAUGUUACCAUCAAGCCUGCAGAUGUGGCGCUGACCAUAACUCCGGAGCCCACCAUGGAGCGGGACUCUUCUCCAGUGCAGCAGGAGGGCUCUGCUCAGACUCCGGGCCCUUCUGUGGAGACAGAACCCUAUAUUAGUGAUCAGGAGCAGCCCACUCAGUAUGUUGAGUCUUCUGUAGAGAACAAACCCUCUCCAGCCCAGCAGGAGACCCCAUAUCAAACUCUGGGCCCUUCCCUGGAGACAGAAGCUUCUCCAGCCCAGCAGGAACCCCCAGAGCCGACUCCGGUCCCUUCUGCAGAGACGGAACCUUCCCCAUUCCAGCAGGCACCCAGAGCUCACACUGCACGCCCUUCCGUGGAGGCAGAACCUUCUCCCCGUGAACAGGAGCAGAUAGCUCAGUAUGCGGAGGCUCUGGUGGAGACCCAGCCUCCUCCAGGCCCUCCCGUGGAGACAGAGCCUUCUCUCAGAGAACAGCAGCAGAUUGCUCAGUACGCGGAGGCCCUGGUGGAGACUCAAGCUCCUCCAGGCCAGCUGGAGGCCCUAGCUCUGACUCCAGUCCCUCCUAUGGAGACCGAACCUUAUAUCAGUGAGCAGGAGCAACCAAGGCGGCCCUCUGAGUCUUCUGAGGAGGUUGAAUCUUCUGGAAAGAAGACAGAAGUCCCAGCCCAGCCUCCAAGUCAUCACACAGUGACCAUUUUACCUCCCGGUCACCAUCAAGUUCAGCAGUACGACUUGCCCAAUGUGACUACUAAACCUCCAGACCUGCAGCUGACCCUAACACCAAAACCUGAAGCAGAAGUGGAAACAUUUCCAGUCAGCCAUGAGGUCACAACAACGCAGGCCUCAGUCGCAGCUCUGCCUCCAACACCUCUUGAAGAGGUCGAACCACUGCCAAUUCAAUCUCCAGAAGUUAUGCAGGAUGAGAAACCCUCUACGACCCAGCAGGAGGAAACAGCUGAAAUUUUACAGACCCCCGUGGAGGCUGGACCUUCUCCAAUCCAUCAGGAAGCCCAAGCCCACGCCUCAGUGUUCCCUACGGAGCCUGAGCCUUUGAAAGACCAGGAGGCAGACACAGCUCAGCAGCCAAAGCCCCCGGAAGAGGAUGAGCACUCCCCACUUCCAGGGGUCCCAGCUCAGCCUGAAGAACUGAAGGAACCUUCACCAAGCCAGCAGGGGAUUUCCGUUCCACCUCUAGAGCGCCCCGUGAGUGCUUACCAAUUACCACUCCAACAGGGAAACACAAACCAGCCUUCAGAUAUCUUCCCAGAGAUGAGUGAUGCUAUUCCAAUGAAUAUGACAUUUUCACCUCAUAUUCCAGAAGAAAUACUCAGAACUCAGCAUUUAAGGUUGUCUAAAACCAAACCAAAACAUGUGGAUAUUGACCUUACCAGAACCCUAAAGCCCACUCCAGAGGUUUAUCCUUACCCCAGUCAACAGGAAGGACCUGCCCAGCCUACAGUUCCCACCAAGCAAGUUGAAUUUUCUCCAACCCAGCUUGGGCCUCCUCUUGCCAAGCCUCCGGCACUGCCUGAAAAGAUGGAACUUUCUCGAGCUGAGCCUCUAGAGCCCCUCAAGGAGGCAGAACAAGCUCCAGUGCAAAAUGUAGCCCCAGCCAAGCCACAAGACUUCCCUAACACUCAAUCGUCUGCAACCCAGCAGGAGCUUCAAACUCAGCAACCAAACCUGACCAAAGUCACAGGUCAACCUUUGGAUGUGGAACUCACCAUAACUACACAACCUGGAAUGGAAGGCGGACUUUCUCCAAUCAUGCAGGAGGCCCCAGUUCAGCUUCCAGGGCCAUCUAAGGGGGGUAUAGCUCAACCCCCAGGAUAUCAGGGGAUGACAGUUCCAACACCAGCUCAGGAUCAAGCUCCGUUUCCAAAAUCACCCCGCAUCACAUUUCAACCUUUUGAUCUGGCACUUACAAUAACUCCACAGCCCAUUACAGAGGCUGAACUUGCCACAAAUGUGCAGGAGACUCCACCUAAAGAAUCUGUAGCUCAGCCACCAGUGCAUCAUGAGGGUCAAAAUCAACCUCCACUAUCACCCAGUGUCACAAAUCAACCUUUAGACCUGGCACUUACCAUUACUACAGAACCUACUACAGAGGCUGAGCAUCCUACAGACCUGAGCAAGACUACAGCUCCAUCUCCAAACCUGACUCCAGUCACAACUCAACAUCUGGACCUGGGACUCACCAUAACUCCAGAAACCAGCAGUAUGGUGACUGAACCCUCUACAGACAUGCAGGAGACCUCCAGUCAACCUCCCACGGAGGGUGUAACCCAAUCUCCAAUACAUCAAGAGGUGACAGUUCCAACACUGGGUCAUAAUCAAGCUCAAUAUCCAACAUUGCCUCACAUCACAGUUCAGCCUUUGGACACAGUGCUUACCAUAAAUGCAAAGCGUACCAGGAAGGCUGAACAUUCUACAGCCCUGAAGAAGACUAAAGUACCUCCCGUGCUCCAUGAGGAGGUACUUUCACAACCAGACCAGGUUCAGGCUCAGCAUCCAACCCUGACAGAAGUCACAGUUCAACCUUUUGAUGUAGAACUUACCCUAACUCCAGAAUCCGUUGUGGAGGGUGAACCACUCCCAACCAUGCAGGAGACUUCAGGGCAGCCUCCAGGGCCACAUAAUGAAGUGGUCUAUCAGCCUCCAGUUUAUUAUGAGAUGGUAGUUCCAAAACCAAGUCAAGAUCAAACUCCGCAUCCAAUGUCACCCAGUGGCACAGCUGAACCUUCGAAGUUAGAGUCAACCAUAACUCAGGUACCCACUACACAGGAUGAACAUUCUACAGCCUUCAAGUCUAUAUCUCCUCCUCCUUAUCCAAUGUACCCUGAGGUGACAUUUUCACCUCCAGUCCAGAUUCAGACUCAGUAUACAAACCUGCCUCAAGUCACAGUCAAGCCUCUGGACCUGGAAAUUACCCAAACUCCACAACGUACUACAGAGGCUACACCUUCUACUACCAUGCAAAUGACCCUAACUCAGUCUACAGAGCCACUAAAGGAGCUCGUAACUCAGUCCCCAGGGGACAAUGAGAUGACAGUUCCAACAGCAGGUCAGCAUCAAGCUCAGCACCCAACAUCACCCAGUGUCAUAGCUCAGCCUUCCAAGAUGGAGCUAACCAUAACUCUGGUACCCACUGCAAAAGCUGGCCAUUCUCCAUCCCUGAAGAAGACUACAGAUCUACAUCCAGGCCAGGUUCAGACUCAGCACUCAACCCUAACUGAAGUCACAGAUCAACCCCUGAAUGCGGCUGCCACCAUAAAUGUCUGUGAGCUCUGCACUUGCAAAGAUGAGACACUUUCAUGCACUGGCCUCAGCCCAGUGCAGAAGCUUCACAGAGUUCCUGUACCAGAGCCCAACAGCUACAAUGGCACCUUCAGCAUAUUAAAUUUCCAAGGAAACUCGAUUUCUUUCAUUGAUGAAAAUGUAUGGAAAGCAUACCGCUGGGCUGAGACACUAAUCCUCAGUGAAAAUGACUUGACUGAAUUACAUAAGGACUCAUUUGAAGGCCUGCUAUCCCUCCAACACUUAGAUUUAUCCUGCAAUAAAAUAGAGUUUAUCGAAAGACGUGCAUUUGAGUCACUCCCUUUUUUGCAGUCUAUAAAUCUUGGUUGCAAUUUACUGACAGAACUGAGCUUUGGAACAUUUCAGGCGUGGCAUGGAAUGCAGUUUUUGCACAAUGU